AUGAGUCGUCUUUGGAAAAUCGGCUCAAUCUUUUCUCGUCUAUCAGGUAUGAUUGAAGGUGGACAUUUAAAAUCAACAGAUAUACCUAUUUGGUAUUCAAUAUAUAAACGUUAUCCACCAAUACGUGAACCACGUUAUUUAUCAUUAACUGAAGGUGAAAUACCAAAAGCAUAUGAACCACCAAAAUUAUUAUAUGAUGAAGAUAUAAUAAGACAUGCUUAUUAUGAAGAUGUUGACGAUGGAGAAAUAAUUAAAUUAAAAAAUAAUGAUAGAAAAUCUCGAUCACAAGUAUUUAUUGAUGAAUAUUUUAAAUUAAAAUCUAAACAAAAGACUCCUAUAUCACAUUCGAAAUUAUUUCGAUUAACAUUAGAACAUUUACAAUCACAUGGACAUCCGAUUAUGUUUAAAAUAGGUACUGAACAAAAAUAUCCAGAAAUCGAACCACAAUCUAAUGAAACUAUCAGAUCAAUUGAUAAUAAUACUCAACAAAUGCAAUCAAAUAUUAAAAAUACAUCAGAUUCAAUAGUUAAUUUAGAUAAAUUUGAAACUGAAUGGGAACAGAAUAAUAAAGAAGGUUAUUUUCCAUUAGGUAAAAAUACUUAUCAAUAUCGUCGUCUUCAACCUCAUCGUACUCGAACAUCAUUUGGUGAAGUAACUUUUAAUGAUUCAGAUGUUGUCUAUCGUCGUACAGAUGGUUAUAUGCAUUCAACUGUACUUGGUGAUGAAGUUAAACAAAAAGAAAAUCCAUAUAUGCCAGGUGAAAAUAUUCAACCAUUAUCACCACCAACAUUUAUUCAACAAAAUAUGCUUCGACAUGGAAAAGCACAUAAUGUAUUUACACGUGAACAAUAUGAACAAGAUCCAUUUUUACGUUUACAAGAUCGAGUACAAAAUUUAGAAUAUUGGAAAAAACCACCAAUACAUAACAAAGUUUUUAAAAGAAAAUUUAAAGCAAAGAAAUUUCUUGUUGAUAUACCAGGAAUUUAUGAUAAAAAAUAG